AUGUGGCGGCUGUUGGUUGGCGCUGGUGAGAUUCGUUGGAAUGUGUCAGGCCCCUUGGACCCCCGUGUGCAGGAAAGGAAGCCUGUCCAGAUCCUCAUACAUGAGCAAUACAACAUUCAGCUCAACACCAAUGACAUUGCACUAGUGCAGAUGGACAGCCCUGUCCACUGUGGUGAUUUGGUGCGCACAGCCUGUCUCCCCAACUCCGGAGAGUCCCCCGUCCGGGCGCCAGAGUCCUGUAUUGUUGCAAGCUGGGGGUUCAGAGAUGGUGAUGUUAGCUCUUGCCAACGUAAAGCUCAGCUGGUAAAGCUGAAGGCAGCAGAGGGCAGUGCUGGGUUGCCCGCACCAAAUGUACAGGAAGCAAAGGUGACGAUCAUUGAUUUGGAAAAAUGCAAUGAGUCCGAUUCGUACCAUGGGGUCGUUCGUUCAAACAACCUGUGUGCUAGCUACCCAGACAAGAACAUGGACACUUGCCAGGGAGACAGCGGAGGGCCGCUCAUGUGCAAGGACAGUGAGACUAAAACAUAUGUGGUUCAUGGAAUUGCAAGCUGGGGUAUUGGCUGUGCUCGGAUCAGUCUGCCGGGCCUCUACACAUCUACCUGGCACUUUCUGAACUGGAUUAACUCCAAGAUUGGUCCUGAUACGAAGAUGACUAACCUGUCUUCAGCUCCAGAAACCUUGGCCUCGGCAUCACUCCCUUAUCCAGAAAUUCUGGGUAGAGGGGCAAACUCAGAAGUUUGA